AUGGCUCAAGCUGCGGCCGGGGCCUUCCACGUUCAUUACUUCGCCAGCGCAUCGAGCUAUACGGGCCGCCAAACAGAGUCACUGCCCGCACCACUUCCGCUGGCGGAAUUGUUCGAUGUCUUGGAAUCCAAGUAUCCUGGGAUUGAAGCAAAGAUUUUAGCGAGUUGUGGGGUUAGCGUUAAUGUGGAAUACGUGGAUGUGGAGGAGGAGAAAGCGAAACUCCGCGAUAUGGCAGCUGCCCAAGAGGGCCAAAGCCAGGACCUGGUGAUUAUCAAGGACGGCGAUGAAGUGGCUAUUAUUCCCCCCGUUAGUUCGGGGUAA